AUGACUCAUACCGGAAGCCACGAGCUUAUGGUCUUCCAACAACAGGCAAAUUUGCUCCCUAUAGGCAGCGAGCCCCUGGAUUUCAGUAUUCUUGCUGUCCAGGAUGAACAGGACAAGCAGAUUCGCAUUAUUGCAAAUCGCCUGCUUGGGAAUAUGGAAGUAGUUCUAGAUAAGGUAGAAACAAUCCGCACCUGCGUGGCACCCCAAAAGAACCUUGAUUGUUUUGCCUUUGUGUCCUGCGUUUUGAUUCCACACUGUGCUCUGCUCUGCCUCCCGUGCUUUAAUCGGGCGCCUCUCUUGACCACUGCUCAGGAGCCUCGGGUGAGAGGCUUCCCCAGUAUUGUCUGCUGUGGUGGGAAGCAGCGCUUCCUUGUCCUGAUUGCAAAGACCCUUCUGUUGGUAGGGCCAGGCAACUUCUCUGUUGCCACCCGAGGGCUGAAUCCUCAGUGUUGCUUCUCAAUAUCACUUCUGUUUUCCUCUCUUCUAGAUUACCUUUGCCGACCCGAAGACAACAUCUACAAUAUCGACUUCACCAAGUUUAAAAUCCGGGACCUAGAGACUGGGACAGUGCUAUUUGAAAUUGCCAAACCUUCAACUUUAGAGCAAGAGGAGGAAGAGUGUGACCUUGGGGAGGUGGACACCAGCGCCGGACGCUUUGUUCGCUAUCAGUUCACUCCUGCCUUCCUGCGUCUCCGGACAGUUGGGGCAACGGUGGAGUUCACAGUGGGAGACAAGCCAGUAUCAAACUUCCGGAUGAUUGAGAGGCAUUACUUCAGAGACCGUCUUCUCAAGAAUUUUGACUUUGAUUUUGGCUUCUGCAUCCCCUGCAGCAGGAACACUUGUGAGCACAUAUACGAGUUCCCCCAACUUUCAGAGGAUCUCAUACGUUUGAUGGUCGAGAACCCCUACGAGACUCGCUCGGACAGCUUCUACUUUGUGGACAACAAGCUGAUCAUGCACAACAAGGCCGAUUACGCCUACAAUGGUGGGCAGUAGCCCUUCCAGCACCGCCUGUGGAAGGGCAGCAAGGGCAGCAUGGAAACGGGGAGGGGCCUCUUCUGGGACAGUAAAGGAAUUCUCCGGGCCCUCGCCCGUUGUCCCUCGCUCCA